UCUAUCGAAAUACAAAAAAAUUUGAUCAGUACCUACUAUAUUGAAUCGAAUUAUUGAACCUUGUCGAGAUUAAUACGCGCAUGACCAUCGAUGUGUAUUUUUAUGAUACAAUCGGAGGGACAGUAAUUCUAUAUAAAAGAAAAUAAAAGAUAUUAAUAUAGACUGGAGUUUAUUCGUAUAACGUUUCAUUUUCCACGAAAUUAUUUUCAAUACGAUUCUAGAAUCAAUUUUCGUGCCAAUUUUACAGUAAUUGAAACCUUAAAAGUAACUAAUCUUCUGUAACAACAGACAUUAUUUAUUUCUAUCAUACAGUUGCUUAACAAUAACGAGGUGUAAUACAUAUAUAUAUAUAUAUUUAAACUUUAGACCAAAAAUUAUAUUUUUCAAAAGAAUUUGAUAAAAAUUAUGCUUUAGAGAUUUACAUAGAGUUUUAUCUCGUCUGUGCUAAUACUUCUGUUUAUCACUGUAUAUGGUUCGCCACUUAUAAUUUUGAAAUGUAUGAAAAUAUCAGAUACAAUGUUGACAAACACUGUUUCAAUAUAUCAUGUGUUGUAUUAUACGUAUAAUAUAAGCAAGCAGGAGGUGAUACUUUAUGUAAAAAUACAUACAAAUUUUAUUAUCCGAGAUUUUUUUAAACUUCUUUCGUUGUAAAUUAUUAUAUGUAUACAUAUAAUUAAUUAAUUAUUAUAUUAUAUUAAAUUAUAUGUGUAUAUAUAUGUAUUUUAUAAUUGGAUUAUUUUAUUUUUCCUAUUUCGUUUUAGUUCUCGUUUAAAAUUAUAGAAGAAAUAUUUAUGGUAAUUCAAAAAAGCUUCAUGUGUACACUAUUUACAAAUCUAAUAUCAUUAUAAUUAUUGCUCAUAAGGGAAAUAUACAAAUGUGUUCUUCUGACGAAUUAUAUAAAAACAAGUACCAUGGAAUUUCACCGCCUUAUUUUGUAUCAUAAUUAAGAAAAGAAACUAAUACCGAUAAGAUUCCAUGUAAUCGAAACAUGUUUCAAUUCGAAACCGUACAAUUUAAUUACAGUACAGUAAAACAAAAAAUGGACUUCUUAAUUGUAAACAUUAUUUUAUAUGGCAUGUAUUAAUAAUUUGUUGGCAAUUUUUCUUCAGGAACCUUAUCAAAUUUAUGUACAUAUUUUAUAAAUUUUCCCCUACGUGAUCGUUAUUAAAGAAGCAUUAAUACAUAUUUAUUUAUCACGAUUUAUUGUUAUAUUUAUUAUAUUUAUAACAUCCACUAUGUUUUUCUAACUUUGUUUUAUAUUUGAUUCAUAUUGCUGACAAUAUACGUAUACUUCUUUUUUAAAUUAUGCGUUAUCAUAAAAUAUACAUGAAUCGGUCACAUUGAAAAUCAUCUGUUCUUAAGACAGAAUAACUUUUUUAAAAUUGGGCUACACGAUUUGAGUUUUUUUAGAAAUUAGGUGAAUUAGUUUAUUAAAUGACAUAUAAAAACAAUUUUUAAAAAAUUAUAAUUGGUUAAAAUCGCAAAGAAAAUAGUAAAAGUCGCCUUUUACAACUUUUUUAUUUGAGCCUGUAAUAAAAAUAUAUAUAUACUGAAAGUUUCAUCGAAGUCAACGUUGCUGUGAGUUACGCUAAAUUCUCAUUAUUUUGUCAUUUCUGUACUUUAUUUCACCUUAUUUCUUAAUUCAUAUUAUUUUUGUUUAUUUUGUAUUUUGUAGCUUUAAUCAUUUUUAAAAAUUUCCUGUUGCCAGAUUAAAAUAUAAAAUCAUACGACAAAAUGUUUUCUAUGACAAAAACAUCGAAGGAUAGCUUAUUUCAGAGUGAAGUUCAUUUGGAAUCAAAAGAUACUUCGAUAAAUAGGAAAAAAUCAAUAAAUAUCGCAACCUUUUCUCUUGAAAAUUGUCAAAUUAUGAAUGACAGUUACGAAAUCGAAACAAAACAAAAAAAUUUGAAAGAAAGUGAAAAACAAGAAAAAAUGCAAAUAGAAAUUAAAAGAUCAGAAGUUUCAAAAUCAGAAUACCAGCAAAUGAAGCCUACAAUCGCAGAAUUAAAAAAUAUUGAAUUUAAAGUAGAAAAACUUAAAACAGAGGACAAAGAGUCAAAAAGUUUUAGUGAUAUUACUUUACAUCAAACCAAUGUUCCAGAAUACAAAAUGAUUCCCAUUGCCGAUAAAUUUGAUUUUCAAAAAGCCUCGAAUGUUGCUGUUCCUCGAAAAUGUCCUCCGCUUUCUAGUCCGCUAUUGAGUGAACGUUCACUUGUUUUAACAACGCAUCUUGUACCUUCGCUACCAAUUGGCUUAUUCGAAGUGCUUGUAGAAGCAAUCGAAGUUGCUACCGAAAAACCUGUAGUACUGUUGUAUGAAUCCAGAAGUGACAGACCAGUUGCAAAAGAAGUUGUGGAUAUUGCUAUCUUAUCAGCAAGUGCAGACUGGGAAGAUGGUGAACUUCUACCUGUGAGUUUCUGUUUCGAACAUCAUCUUAAUAAAGACAAUUCAUCGUGCAUUUAUGCUGAUGUUGUUGUAGCUACAGACCACGCGCUACACGUACAAGAUAUUACAGAUCUUCGCGGUCAUAGAUGUUCUCUCCCAGAUCGAAAGAAAAAUAGUGGAGUAACAGCCUUGUUAUUUAAUUACUUAUACACGAAAGGUGAAAGCCCAGCUUUUUUCGGCAACACGCUUGAUGCUGAUACACAGAUUGCUGCUUUACAAAUGGUUGCAGGAAAACAAGCAGAAGUUGGAAUUUUAGAAUCUCCUGUUAUUAAGUGCCACAAAAACACAUUACCAGGAAUCAGUUCACUUUAUAUUUUAACAAGUUUAGGACCUUUACCACCUUAUCGCAUCAUGAUAAAGAAAACACUUUCAGACGUCCUCAAAAGAAAAAUUACAACUUACUUACUAAACAUAAAUCAAGACAGAGAAUGGAUAGAUAGAUUCGCUCCUUUUGGGAUUACUAGAUUUGCCACAAAUUCUGAAAAAUUAUACAACCUCGACGGUGUAAAAUCUGUAGUUACAAGUGUACCAUACUACUAAGAUUAUGUUAUUCGUAUUGUAUUAUUUAUAGGCAUAUGCAUAAUUAUACAUACAUCACUUAUUA